AUGUGCGGGUGGGUGGUGCGGGACACGCGGUGGUGUUGCGGGCAAACAGCUCACAUCCCGGUACAGUUUCCCCACAACGUGUCAUCUUUGCUUCCCAAGGAAAACUGGAACAUGCCAGCAGGAGGUACCCGCCGUCAGGACGCAUGUGAGCACACCAAGAAUUCCUCCCCUGGGUACCGGAGCAGGGAUGGAGCGGUGAAUCCCGCCCCCGAUGGGCUGGAUCUGCUGCCUGUCAGGCUGCCGGCUGGACCAGAGGAGCAGAUUACUCAUACGUUUUCAGGUCAAGAUUCUCUGCAAAGAAAUGGACAGCAUAAUGGUGGUGUGAAGCCAAAAUUCAGCGUAAAUCAACUAGCAAUUACACAGGUUGUCAGCUACAACUUAAGCAGGAAAGGAGAGUGGGAAAGAGCAUCCUGGAGACCCUUCACCCACAGCCACUACAGCCCUCUCAAAGUCACAGUAAAUGGCAUCCCUUGCAUUCUCUUCUGGGCCAAGAGGAUCAUGAUUAAGUUGGAAAACCAUACUCAGCUGGAUUUGACAGAGAGCACAUUUGGUGUCCAUGCAACUGUGGAUGUUGGAGAUUCAAACUGCAGUGAGGACAGUGCAAUGCUUUCUCUGAAGUUUGGUGAUAUUGGCGAUCUAAAGGAUCUUGUUAUUAGAUUCUUGCUAACAACCAGCUAUUACCAGAUGUCUGUUGAGAACUGGUUCAGUUUACACAGGCUGCAACUUCUUUACAACCACUCCAUACAAGCCACGUUUAAUGCAACCAGGAUAUAUGCACCAGCAAGUUACUCCUACCACUGUGAACAUGUCAGCAGCUUGCAGAGAUAUGAUGCACUUCUGAUACCCAGCUCUGCAAAUGAUCUGUCAAAGCUCUGGGAAGUCACUUUUACUGAUUUCCAGAUUCAAGGUUUUAACAUUCAAGAAGGACAUUUUGCCUAUGCAAAAGACUGUGCAUCCUUUUUCUCUCCAGCAAUACUUAUGGGAUUGGUUAUGUCGCUGAUUCUGCUGCUCGUUCUUGCCUAUGCUCUUCAUAUGUUGAUCUACCUGAAAUCUCUUGACAGGCACUAUGAAUGCAAAGCUUCUUCUGCCUAUUUUUCACAGAUGAAAGACAAUGACAUGGAGGAUGAGAAAGAGCCGCUGAGAAGCACUGGGAAUGAGUCCUAUGAACUUAGAAACCAACAGUUCUGUAAAAUCUAUAUUUAGCAGUAUGCAUCUCUCUUGUUGAAACAAGUGCUAUUUUCUUCUGCUGGCACUGUUGUAUGUAGUUUGUGCAGAUUUUUCAACAGCUGCUGAAAGAAAAGUAGGUAACAGACUGUUUAGCCAGUUACUGUCUGUUAUUUAUUGAUAAGCAUCUCAACGUUGCCUUGGAAACAUGGCAAGAGAAAAAAAAAUCCCCUCUGGACAAGAAAUUUAUAUGUGAUGGGAGCUUAUUCCUGUAGUACAAUACCAAAAUGAUUAUCUUUUUAGCCAUCUAACCAAGUGAUAAGGGGAGAAUCAGUAAUGGAACAUUUGAAAUUAAAUAAAGA